UGACAACAACAAACUACGAUUUUUUAGAAUCAUUCAACGCUCAUAGAGCAACGGAAACGAAGAGAAAAAAGGAUACCAAGUGAAGAAAACGAACGAUGUGCCAAGAAGACGAAUAUGAUUACUUGUUCAAAACUGUAUUGAUCGGUGAUAGCGGAGUCGGAAAGUCGAAUCUGUUAAUGCGUUUCACAAGAAAUGAAUUUAAUAUCGAAAGCAAGAGUACCAUUGGUGUGGAGUUUGCUACUAGAAACAUUGUAUUAGACAGCAAGAAAAUCAAAGCUCAAAUCUGGGAUACAGCUGGUCAGGAGCGCUACCGGGCAAUUACAUCUGCUUACUAUCGUGGUGCUGUCGGCGCUCUCAUUGUUUAUGAUAUUACCAAGCAGUCGUCCUUUGAUAACGUUGGCCGCUGGCUGAAGGAAUUGCGCGAGCAUGCUGACAGCAACAUCGUCAUUAUGCUUGUCGGCAACAAGACCGAUUUGCUGCAUUUGCGUGCUGUAUCAACUGAAGAAGCUCAGGCAUUCGCAGCUGAAAACAACUUGUCGUUUAUAGAGACUUCUGCUAUGGAUGCCAGCAACGUAGAAGAAGCUUUUCAAACUGUCUUAACUGAAAUUUUUAGAAUUGUCUCUAACAGAUCUCUCGAAAGUGGUGAUGAAGGUGUUCAUCCCAUGAGUGGUCAAACUCUCAGCAUCACUCCUACUAUGAACGACGCGAACAAGAAGAAAUCUUCUUCUCAAUGUUGCUAACUUUUUACGGGAUUUCUCAAUGCAUAUAAUCUAAUUUGAUUCCUUGUCUGCCUUUUUCAAGCUUGCAUCAACGUUUGCUCCUUUAUAUCGUCCAAGAAUUAUAAGUUGAUUAGUCUUUGAUAAUCUUCGCACACCCUCUUAUUUUAUUGUCCUGUCGCUUGUUCAUAGGAUGAAGAGGUUUGUAUAUCUAGCCUAGUAUGUUCUAACACACGGCUAUCGAAGAAUUCUCAGAAAUGUACCUUCUCGCCUUGUAUACAGCAUUUUCCGCAUUCCCGGGUUUCUUCCCUUUAUCCAGCAUUAGUAUGAAAUAUUUGAUUUUGUUUAAAGAAAGAAAAACAUUAACUCUGUGGUAGACGAUUACUUUAAUGGAAACGUAUGUCAUAAGAUAGGAAUUCUUCGACGUCUAGCUAAAUCUCAAUUAAAAAGAAUACACACUGUUAGUAAACUGUGACCAUGAUUAUGAAUUAUUAUAUCAUUAUUUAUCCCUUUACUUAUAAUUUACGUGUCCAAAUAUAUUUAAAUUCACAUAACUCUACAAGCUUAAAUGGGAAAGUCGAAAUUGCUAGCCCAUUGACGAACUUGUUCUUUCAACUUAAAGAUUUCCGGAAUUUGACUUCCGUCACCAACAAAGUUUUUAAAGUCUUUAAGUUUGGUCUUUCCAUUCUCCUUGGCAUGCUUGUUCAAUUUGAUAGUUAGCUGAACAACUUCGUCAAUAAGGUCGACGAUCCGUACAAAAUCUUGUUCGUUGAAGCCUCGAGUGGUGCAAGCCGGGGUACCAAUACGCAAACCAUGGGGAAUAAGUGCAGACUUGUCUUCAGGAACGGUGUUCUUGUUAGCCGAGAUAUUGAUCAACUCCAAAAUACGCUCAACCCUAGCUCCGUCAAUAUCUUUACUAGUCAAGUCGACAAGAACUAAAUGGGUGUCAGUACCACCAGAAACCAAUUUGUAAUCUUUCUUUGCAAAUGCAUCGGCCAUUGCUUUGGCGUUCUUGACAACAUUCUUUUGAUAUUCAAUAAAUUCAGGAGUUUUUGCUUGGCCUAGAGCUACAGCCAAAGCAGUGAUUGUGUGGUUGUGAGGGCCACCUUGAUGACCAGGAAAGACAGAAAAGUUAAUUUUGUCUUCCAAUUCAUAGUAAACAGGGUUGCCCUUCUUGUCGUGAUUGCGAAGACCACGGCGGUAGAAGAUCAUAGCGCCUCGAGGUCCACGAAGGGAUUUAUGGGUUGUAGUGGUGACAAUAUCGGCAUAUUCAAAAGGAGAAGGAAUGAUACCAGCAGCAACAAGACCAGAAAUAUGGGCCAUAUCACAAAGCAAGUAAGCAUUACACUUGUCAGCGAUUUCACGCAUGCGUUUAUAAUCAAUUAAGCGGGAAUAGGCACUUGCACCUGCAACGAUCACCUUGGGACGGAAUUGCAUAGCAGACUUCUCCAAGGCAUCGUAAUCAAUUAUACCGGUUUCGGAAUUGAUGCCAUAAGGCAUGGUACAGAAAUAUGUAGAAACCGCAGAAAUUGACUUCUGAGGUGUAGAAAAUCCAUGAGAUAAGUGUCCUCCGUGAGGCAAAUCCAAACCCAUUAGACGGUCAUGGGGUUUCAUAACAGCUUGAUAAGCUUGAAGGUUGGCAGGCGAACCUGAAUGGGGCUGUACGUUGACACCCCAAAGCUCCGAAUUCAAGCAAAAAGCUUCAAGGGCACGCUUUUGACACAAAGAUUCCGCUUGAUCGAUGAAUUCAUUACCACCAUAAUAUCUAGCUCCCGGGUAACCUUCGCUAUACUUGUUUUGCAUCACACUACCAAGGACAUCCAUAACAGCCUUGGAAGUAAAGUUUUCACUAGCAAUUAAUCCUAUCGACUCCUUUUGUCGCUUCUCUUCAGAUUUUAAGAUUUUGCCGACCUCAGGGUCAUAUUGGAAGACUGAACACUGAAGAAGCUAUUUCCGUUAGUAAUUCAUUCUUCAAUAUAUGCUGUUUAUUUCUUGUCAAACUCGGGUUUGGUAAAGUUGAUUUUCUCAUGAUAAACAUCCAAGUUUGACAGCAAUCAAUUAUUUAUGCAGCUACUAUACCUUUUUUUGUGCACUCGGUAAAGUGUAAAACCGCUUGAAAACAAAACUAAUACCUGUUUUCUUAGGAAUCUGUCGUGCCAAUGCCAUAGUGGUAAGUGAUAAUUAAGGUCACGAAACUGAAAGUAAAGUAGGAACAAGAAAAAAGAAUUCUUGGCUUUGUCAUUUGUUUGAACAUGAUGAUUCUUGAUUAUCAAUGUUUUUCGCGGAAAAUCAUGUCCGACAUGAUACACAGGUAUACCAUAAAUAUUUUUUGUCAACGGUAUUGUACCGGUAUAGAAACAACUAGAUUCCAAGAGCGUUUCAUUCCUUCUUAGUUCCACUUUUAUCGAUCUUAAUCCCCUUUAGAUUCAUACAGCCCACAUUUCCUUCCUUCAAAUAGUCUGGUACGUAAAGCUUACUAGUGUAUCUAUUACUUCUUCCUUUCCUCUCAUCAAAGACAGUUCCUAUAAUUUAAAUUACUAAAGAACAUUUAGUGAUGUUGAAAAUCCUAAAACCAUAUAAUUUGAAAUUUACAUAAGAUUCUAUAUACAAAUUUAUAUAGCUUGUCAUAGAUCAAAACAAAUCAAUAAUCCAUC